AUGGUGACUACUUGGCUGUUGAAUUCACUGUCAAAACAAAUUGCAGACAGUGUUAUUUACUCAAGAACAGGAAAGGAACUCUGGAUAAGUUUGGAGCAUACGUUUGGACAAACUAAUGGUGCCAAGCUAUUUCACCUAAAGAAGGAACUAAGCAGGUUAUCUCAAGGCACCAGCAACAUAGCUGGGUAUUUCACAAAACUCAAAAGGCUUUGGGAUGAACUUGAUUCACUUAACUCUAAUAUCAAAUAUACUUUUGUGUGUGCUUGUGAAGGAAAACAUAAAUUGGAAAAAUUUAUGGAAGAUGAGAAACUUAUGGAGUUUUUUAUGGAUUUAAAUGAUACAUGUGCACAAGCUAGGGGAAAUAUUUUAAUGAUUAACCCUCUACUUGAUAUUAAUCAGGCCUACUCUUUGAUCUUACUGGAUGAUAAUCAGAGAGAAUCAUCUAUGAGUCCAUUCCUUUCCUCAGAUUCUUCUUCUUUUAUGGUUGGUAACAUAAACCAAUUUAAGCUUGGAAAGCAGAUUCAGAGGACUAUUGGCCUUUCACAGAGAUCUAGGAAUUCAUACCCCAGGUUCCAUAAUCAACAACAACAUCAACAACAACAACUGAGGUUUUACAAACAACCACAAAAAUUCAGAGGAAAAAGAGCAAAGUUUAAUCCUAAUGUUUCUUGCACUUAUUAUGGAAAAGUGGGUCAUGCUGCAGAUGAUUGUUACAGAUUAAUUGGGUUUCCUGAGGAUUUUCAGUUCACAAAUGAAAAGGAUUUUCAAAUCAAGGGUAAUGGGGCCUUAUCCACAGAAGAAGGUGAGAACAGGACCAACAAUCAUACAUCUACUAACACCAACAAUCAGUCUUACAACAAAGAGCAGUACAAUCAGUUUGUUCAGAUGUUUAAACAAAUGAAGGUGGAUGAGGCAACAAACACUACUGUUGGACUGAAAUCAACACAAAUGCAAUAG